CACACAGCUAGGUCAUGAACACCGUCGAUUGUGCACACAAGUACAAGAGUACAUGCAGUACAGGGUGAACUCCCUGGUAUACUGGUACCGGUACACAUAGCAACUAGUACCUGGGCACACGCACAGCUACUAGUAUUGCACAACCAGCUGAAAGACAACUUAAAACCAGACGUAGGCGCUCUCGAUCUCUUCUUCACUGCUGCCCUAUCAGAUCAUCAUCGAAGUGACAGUCAUUUUAAAAGGACUGUAACAAGGAAAUCGUGAUGCCUGAUUUUAGCAACAAUAACCUUGUACUUGGUGGUCUAGUAGCAUGUGCCGUAGGUGUGUUGGGUAUCUCCUACAUCUUCUUACGUAGAGACAGACGCAACUUCACGCAGGUUGGAGUAGUGUCUAAACUCUUUAUCCAUCCGAUCAAGUCGUGCAGAGGGUUGGAGGUUUCUCAGGCCGAGUGUAAUGCUCUUGGGAUUAAGAGUGAUGGAGUCAUGGAUAGAUCCUUCCUCAUCAUUGAUGGAAACAAGGACAGCGUUUCUAGGAUUCGUCAACCAUCUUUAGCUCUAGUAGUGCCUACUCUGUCUGAUGACAUGCAGAGUUUGUUGAUCAAUGCUUCUGGCAUGCCAACCCUCACUGUCCCUCUUAUCAGUGAUCUGAGAGGAAGGGUCUUCAAUUCAAGGGUCCUUGGACUUGGUGUGCAAGGUGAAGAUUGUGGUGAAGCAGCCAGCGAAUGGUUCAGUCAGUACCUAGGCAAACCUCGCUACAGAUUGAUCUGUUACUCUACCAAAUGCAGUGAUAAGAUCCUUCAGAAUGAUCGCAAGUGGGGAAGCAAGUCCAAGCAUGGGGAAAAGGGAAUGUUUCAGAACCUUGCUCAUCUUCACCUGCUAAGUGAAACCUCUCUGAUCAACCUCAACUCAAAGCUAGACCAACAAUUACACUAUGAUAACUUCAGACCCAAUAUUGUGGUCGAGGGAAGCACUGCAUUCAGUGAAGACAAGUGGAAGUAUGUCAGAAUCGGUGAUGAAGUACAUCUCAGGACAACUCACAAGUGUGCUAGGUGUCCUCAAACCACUGUUGAUCCAAAUACAGGAAAGUUCAUGGAGACCAAAGAACCCCUCAAGACGCUAAGGACAUACCGAAUGGCCACUCCUGAUGACCCAGAUCAGAAGACGUAUGGUGCAAACCCGGUCUUUGGAACCAACCUUGCCGUCGAAUCAUUUGGAUUCAUCAAGCUAGGGGAUCCUGUCUAUGCUAGCAUGAUCUGAUUCAAUAGAUUUGUAAAUCAGUGACCCAAAAAGUAGUUCAUCCAGUGAAGAUUUCAGAAUUAGAAUUCAUUGACCUGUUACUCUGUAGAAACAUAGAUGUGUUCCAAUGAAAGUCCAUGAUAUAAGCUCAUAUCCUUGGAUUAGGGUGCAAUGAAUGUCUUUUCAAACUGCCUUUAUGCAGCUGAACAAAUUAUCAUGAUAUACAUCAUAUUUUUAUAAAUUAUAUUGAACAUGUCAUGUUUCGUAACAAUUUCAGUUACUUCCAUAUAUGGUAUAUGUAAAAUACAGUAAAAUGCUGGCCUUAUGGCAUUGGUGUUGAAAUGAAUGAAAUACCUCUGAUGAUAAGUACCAUGAAAAUGACCUUUAGAGACUUUGACUUAUGAUGUACAAUUCAUUUAUAGCUCUCAUAUGAAAUGGAAUUUUUCUGUGCUUGCAAAGUAGCUACCUAUUGCUAUAGUAGCCUUUUACUGCUUUGAAUCUUCACUUUUUUCUUUACUUUUUAAAGCUUAUUUUAACUUGUGUUUUCAUAUUUACUUAUUUAGUAUAUUGUAGAUUAGCAAUUGCUCUUUUUUAUUUUAAACUUUUGGUUAUUGUAGCUUGAAUUAUGCCCUCUUUAUUCUCCUAAUGGGGGCCAUACGUCCAUAACCAUAGGUCCCACAUGUGAAUCAGCAUAUGUUGCAUUUUUGUAUUCUGUAUCUGAGAUACCGAAUGGCCUCUCUUGAUGACCUGGAUCACAUAAAUAUUAGAAAAUGGGGUUCUAAUAAGACUCCCAUGUCACAUGUGAUGAAAUGAAGAAUGAUCUCAUAAUUGCAAGUACAUAUUUCUCAUUACCGGUACUGGAUAUACAAGGUAAUUUUACCAUGCACUAUGUAUAUUUUGCCUUGUCUGCAAACUAGUAGUUUCAAGCGGGCAAUAUUGCCUGAUAUUUUACUCUUCUUGGUUUCGCCAUUGACUUUGUGUAAAAAAUUGCAAUCAAUAUUGAGCCCAAUAUGUAUUGGCACCAUUCAACGGGACCUUCGGUUUUCUAAUAAGUAAAUAAUUUUCUUAACAACUUUUAUUAUUAACAUGCUCUUGAAAGUCCAUGUAUAUCAUAUAAACAUACACAAAAUAAUGUCCGUACAAUUGAUUACUACAUGCGUGUUACAACAGUACUGUUUCACACUUUAUGCCUGUGCAGACUAAUGCAUGAACCAUUCCUGUGUUGCAAGGUGCAUGGAAUUGAAAUAGAAUGCUAAAAUAAUCUGGUAAAUAUGAGCUUUGAUCUAACAAUAUCUCCACAGAGGCCUGAAGCAAACUGCAUCAAUUGUAUGUGAUAGCAUGAUAUCGAUCGCAUCUAUCAACUUUCUCUCUUUCAUUCUGUAUUUCAAAUGUACAGGGUGUGUACAUGAAUGGUAUUCUUGCUCAUGCAAUAAGAAUUAGCAAAUUAUGUGUAUUAUGGAAUAUACAUCUCAUGUGUUGUGAUUUUUUUUUGCCACCACCAAGUUGUAUAAUUACGGUACUCAUUGAAAUGAAAUAAUAUGCUACUAUUGUGCCAGCAUUGAUUAUAUUUUUAUACUAUGAAAUUGAUAUGGUGCAAUGAAAGAAAUAAAUAUCUUUGUAAUUAACCAAUCAAA